UUUCAGGAUUUAAACCAAACAUGGAAUACACAAGUUCCAGAUUUUUCAAGUUGUUUUCAAGACAUCAUAAUUGUAACGACGCCAUCAGUGAUUUUCAGCAUUAUAUUCAUCACCUGCAUUUGGCAGCUACGAAACCGAAACUGUGUGAAUCCACUGCCGUGGACUUGGUUGAAUAUUUCAAAACUGGUGCUGUCUCUUAGCCUUCUGAUAAUGACCCUGAUUCAGGUUUGCACAAAUAUUUAUUUGAUAACAUCGGAUGUCAGCGUACCGCCUUCCUCGUUUGUGGCUUCAUCUUUUAAAUUUCUUCUUUUCGCCUUCACCACAAUACUUAUGCUUCGACACCGGAAAUGUGGAGUGGCUACUUCCUCUGCACUUACAGUUUUCUGGCUUGUAUUCACCAUAUGUGGCAUUAUUUUACAACAAUCAACAAUAUUGAAUUAUUUUAAGCUAGAAAAAAAGCCAUCAUCAGAAAUCAUUUUCAUUGUCAACAUGAUGUAUUCUCCAUUGGUAUAUGUUCAAUUCUUUUUAGCGAAUUUUGUGGACAAGAGAAACUUCGAUUCUCUCGAGGAUAAUAAAGUCAUUGAAGAUGUGUCGUUGUUUUCAUACGCAACUUUUUCCUGGUUUGUAAGAUAUCUAAUUGAAAGUAGAAGGAAACUUUUGACGGUAGUGGAUCUUAAGUACAUAAGUGCUCGUCUAGUUGCACAGCGUACGUACUCAGAUUUUCUGAAACGUUGGAACAUAAAUAACGAACCAAAAUCUCUUAAAUCUCGAAGUUUAGGAGUCAGUUUAGUCAUAUCCUUCUGGCCUUGGUUGUCGGCAGCGUUACUUUGCAAUUUUCUUUUCGCAUUGGCCUCACUAAUACCACCUCUAAUUUUAGACCGUCUUAUAAACUUCGUUGAUCAUGAUCAUUAUGCAUGGAGAGGGAUGCUUUAUGUGACUGUAAUUUUCAUAGUAGAUGCAUUUGCAAAAAUAUUCAACAACUUUGGGGUGUACUUCUUCUUUUCUGCUGGAGCACAAAUGAAGUCAGCUCUCAUGAAUGCUGUAUACAGAAAGAACUUCUUACUCUCCCCAGCGGCUCGGAAGGAUUUUUCUAGUGGAUCCAUAUCAAAUCUCCUGUCCGUGGACAUUCAAAGACUUUCUUAUUUCACUUUCUACUGUUCAGAACUGAUUAUAUGUCCAAUCAGAAUCGUUAUAAUCCUUGUAUUAAUGUGGCAGUACAUUGGCAUAGCAACGCUGUCAGGUCUUGCCGUAAUCAUAUUUUUCCUUCCUGUAGGAUAUUUCGUCUCUAAAUACAGCGAAAAAUUUACAGAAGAACAAAUGAAAGUCAAGGAUCUUCGUUUAAAAUUUAUGAAUGAAAUUCUCAGUGGAAUAAAGAUUUUAAAGCUUUAUGCUUGGGAAGUAGCUUUUACAGCUAAAGUGUCUGAUGCAAGAAGAAAAGAGCUCAAUCUGAUACUGUACUCAAAGCUAUGUGCAGUAGUUAAUACUUUUGUUUUUUAUUGUGCUCCUAUAUUGAUUUCAGUUUCGAGCUUUGCUACUUACUUGUAUAUGGAUCGGAAAAAUGUCUUGGAUCCAACAAAAGCUUUUGUUACAAUUACCCUCAUGGAUCAACUGAAAUAUGCCAUGUUUGUUUUGCCUGAGUCUGUAUCAGAACUUAUUCAGAGUAGUAUAGCCUUAGGACGUCUCAGAACUUUUUUUGCUGCUGAAAAUGCGGAAUCAGACGUUAUUGGCAAUAAUCCGGAUAAAGGUGAUAUUUUGACAAUAAGAAAAGCGUCAUUCAAAUGGGCAGGAGAAGAAGACUGCACUCUUCAUGAUAUAGAAUUGCACAUUCCUAAAGGUAAGUUGGUUGCUGUUAUUGGACCUGUAGGAUCUGGUAAAUCAUCUCUACUCUCAGCAAUGCUUGGUGAUAUCAACCGAAUAAAGGGAUCAAUAGACAUCAAAGGUAGUUUGGCUUACGUCCCACAGCAAGCUUGGAUUCUGAAUCGUACCGUUAAAGAAAAUAUUCUAAUGAUGAAGAAUAUGUCAGAGGAAAAAUACAAUAGGGUGUUAGAUCUUUGCUGUUUGAGGCCUGAUUUGGAGAUUCUACCUGCAGGAGAUAACACCGAAAUCGGAGAAAAGGGUGUUAACUUGAGUGGUGGACAAAAACAACGAGUCAGUUUAGCACGAGCAGUAUAUCAAGACAAAGACAUUUAUCUGCUAGACGACACACUCAGUGCUGUGGAUGUCCACGUCCGCAAAGCCCUAUUCGAUGAUAUUAUUGGAAAUGGAGGAUUGCUUAAGAAGAAGACAAGAAUACUUGUUACCCAUGAAGUGUCAAUAUUGCAUAAAAUGGAUAUAAUAGUCAGCAUGAAAGAUGGUAGAAUCGAUGAAAUUGGCUCAUAUCAAGAUCUGCUGAACCAAAAUGGAUCUUUCAUGGAACUCAUUCAAGAACACACCAGCCAGAAGAAUUUAGAAGAAAAUACAGAUGAAAAUAAAAAAAUGCUGUGCAGGUACAUUUCAACUGAUUCAGCUUCCUCUAAAACGUCAGAUGAUGGUGCAAAAGAUCAGGUUGAUCCUACUGCUGAUAAACAUGCAUCAGAAAAAACCUAUCGUCUCAUUGAAGACGAAAAAAUGGAAGUCGGAAAGGUUCAUCGUCUCGUGUAUUGGACUUAUAUAAAGAGCAUGAGUUGCCCUUUAUGGUUGUGUACAGUGCUGGGAUAUUUAGCAUACGUUAUAUCUGAGACUUAUGGCAACAUUUGGUUAGCGAAAUGGACAACUGAGACUGCAUUGAUUGGAACUCAUGGUAUCGAAUCCACUGCGUAUCGACUGGAAGUAUACAGCCUUUUGGGUUUAGGGCAAGUUGUAUUUGUAAUCAUCGGAAGUGUGGCAUUAGUGUUUGGAAUUAUAACAGCAGCUGGACAAUUCCACAAUAAAAUGUUGAAUAGCCUUCUUAAGUCUCCGAUGUCUUUUUUUGAUAGCACACCAAUGGGAAGAAUAACUAACCGAUUUAGUUCUGAUUUAGAUAUUAUAGACACUGAACUAUACGGUCAUAUUGAAGGUGUGAUAAAUUGCAUCUUCUUCAUUUUUGCAUCAUUUUACAUAAUUGGAAGAAAUGCCCCCCUUUUUCUGACAUCGCUUCUGCCACUUUGCAUCAUUUAUUAUAUUUUUCUGAAACUACAUUUGAAUGCUUAUCGUCAAAUCAGAAGAUUGGAAUCGACAACAAAAUCACCCAUCUACAGUCAGUUGUUGGAAUCCAUUCAAGGAAUCUCUUCAAUUGGAGCUUACAAAGUUCAAAAAGAAUUCGUUGAAAGUUUUGAGAAGAAAUUAAACAAUCAUAUGGUUUGCUUUUGUUUAACCAUAGGAAGUAAUAGGUGGUUUAAUUUUUGGCUUGGUUUCCUCGGCAGUAUCAUCGUCUUUAUUUCUGCCUUCCUUGCCGUCGAUAAUCGUCAUAGUUUGACUCCUGCAGAUGUCGGCCUGAUGAUAACUUAUACUUUAAACGUUACCGACGCUAUUAAAUGGUUCGUUAGGAUGAGCUGUAUACUUGAAGAUAAAUCCAUUUCAGUUGAACGAGUGGACGAAUACUGCAAGCUCGCUUCUGAAGCUGCUUGGGAUACAUCUUUAGAUUGCCAGAACAAUGCAUGGCCACCCAUCGGCCAAAUUUCGUUCAACAACUACAGUACGAAAUACAGAGAAGACCUGGACUUAGUUAUAAAAAAUAUCAAUCUUUCUAUAAAUGGAAGUGAAAAGGUGGGCAUUAUAGGACGCACUGGUGCUGGAAAAUCAUCAAUCACCAUGGCUUUAUUUAGGAUAAUAGAGCCCGUAACGGGGUCAAUAUUUAUAGACAAUAUCGAUAUCUCUAAACUAGGAUUACAAAAGCUGAGAUCAAAAUUGACUAUAAUUCCACAGGAUCCAGUUCUCUUUACGGGUACUUUAAGAUCAAACUUAGAUCCCAACAAUGAAUACAGCGAUGACGCAGUGUGGCAAAGUUUGGAAAGAUCUCACUUAAAGUCAUUCGUGACAACACUGGAUGAUGGUUUGGGGCACAAUAUUGAAGAGAAUGGUGGAAAUCUAAGUGCUGGACAAAAGCAGCUUGUAUGCUUGGCUCGGGCGCUUUUAAAAAAUACGAAAAUCUUAGUGCUGGACGAAGCAACAGCUUCGGUCGACAUAGACACAGACAACCUCAUACAGAAUACCAUACGCACAGCAUUUGCAAGAAACACAGUCAUCACCAUAGCUCAUAGGCUGAACACUGUACUCGACUACGACAAAAUCGUUGUUAUGGAAAAUGGAACAAUACUAGAAGUUGGAAAUCCGUCAACUUUACUCCAAGACACUGGAACAAGAUUUUAUGAAAUGUGUGAAGAGGCAGGGCUUACUUAGAAAUUUUUAAAUAGAAGAAAAAAUGUUCUCUUUUUUUGUUUGUUUACAUUUACUCAUUUGUUUUUAUUUUGCUCAAAUAAAUGUU